GAGAGAGCGAGAGAGAGAGAAAUACAUGAAGUUAUACAACGAUACUAGAUACUGUUUCUGUGAUUUUUUCCUGUACCUGACAAAGAUGUAAAGCAGGGAGUGGAGUGUUACACAUGAAUUACAUGUAUGUGAAAAAUAAAAGAAUAACAACAAAUAAAUGGACAAUGUGCCAAAUUAGCAAAACAGGGUAAAGGUAUACUAACAUUAAACGCGUUAAUAUAGACGUAGAGCAAAGCGUUAUUUAUUUUAUCCACCAGUAUUCAGACAAGCCCCGCCUCCCACGGCAGGAUUGGCUAGCGUGAGCUCCUCACAGCCACCGCCGCUCUGUGAUUGGACACUUAGAAGUCAAUCACAUAGCUGUGGCAGCUCCAGCGAACAGCGAUCAGGUCAAGGGCGGGACUUGUCGGAAUACUGGUGUGAAGAAAAAAUAACUCAUGCUGGACCCUUGAUUACUCAUUCCGUCCAGGUACAGCGGAAGCCAACCGACCUGAGGUGCUCCGCUCCCGCUAUUCUUGUCUGCCUGCACCAGAUUAUCGGUUCAUUUCGAGUAGCGUUAUCGUGCCUCUUUUGCAGCAGCCGCGGCUGUGCCUCAUAGGGAAUUACAGGAGUGGGAAUACGUAUUAUAUGGACGUUUUUGUGUUUCAGUGCACUCGCGCGGGGAAAUGAUGCAUUGAGGACGCGUCUUAUCUUCUGAGCUCCAUUACACCCACCUCGAUCGGCGCGAAGCAUCACAAAUGGCUACUCUUUUGCGGAAAAUCGGUCUAAUUCGACUGCACGACCGAGACACGGAGGACCCAAAGCAUCACCACCAGGGCUCACUGAAAGGGACUAAAGGCAACCAGAAGAACAACAACACGAAGCACUGCAACACCAGCAACGAGACCAACAACAUCCUCAGCACGCCAGAAAUCAAAGCCAGGCGCUUCGACGUGUCCGGCAAGGACAAGCCCGCCGUCAAACCGGACAAACCGAGCAAGGACGCGAAAGAGAAGCAGCAAACGGGAGGCGGCAAAGCGACGAGCGGCUCCGUGAUGCCCCCGCCGGCGGCGAACCGGCAGCACUGCACCCAGGUGCGGACGCGGAGGCUGAUGAAGGAGCUGCAGGAGAUCCGGCGGCUCGGCGACAGCUUCAUCACGGUGGAGCUGGCGGACGAUAACCUCUUUGACUGGAAUGUCAAGCUGCACCAGGUGGACAAGGACUCCGCGCUGUGGCAGGACAUGAAGGAGACCAACACCGAGUACAUACUACUGAAUGUCACCUUCCCCGACAAUUUCCCGUUCUCCCCGCCGUUCAUGCGCGUCCUGACGCCGCGGCUGGAGAACGGAUACGUGCUGGACGGCGGCGCGAUCUGCAUGGAGUUAUUAACGCCUCGCGGCUGGUCGAGCGCGUACACCGUCGAGGCCGUGAUGAGGCAGUUCGCUGCCAGUCUGGUCAAAGGACAGGGUCGUAUCUGCAGGAAAGCAGGCAAGUCUAAGAAGGCCUUUAGUCGUAAGGAAGCCGAGGCGACCUUCAAGAGCCUUGUCAAGACCCACGAGAAGUACGGCUGGGUGUCCCCUCCCGUAUCCGACGGCUGAUGUCAGCAUCUUCAAUGGCGAUCCCGACAUGGCUUUUUUCAGUUGGGUUUUCUUCUUUUUCAUCAUCAAACUUAACUCCAAAAAAAACAAGCUAGCGCAUCAUAUCUUACACAUAAACGUGGCACAUUCACCAUCACUCCGUCCUUCACUCUUCUUCAUCGAGGUGCCAUGGACCGAACACUUGCUAUUACUCAUGAGUGGGCGUCUCUGCAGCUACAUACAGCUAUGGACUCUGGAUACAAUUGAGGCUCCAAGCAAAGUUAAAUGUGCACCAUCUCCACUCUAUAUCCUUGUCUGUGUGCCCCCCCCCCUCCAUCCAUCCCUCUUUACUUUUAUAGCUGGCAAUGCAUUGCACUGAACAGCAUCAGACUUGCCACCAUUUACAUGCAAAUGACUUUGUUAACACUUAAUAGAUAAGCAGAUCAUUACACUACAUUUGAGGUUCAGUUUCUCUGGGUUCCUCCUCAUUGGCUGUGCUGUUUUUCACAGUUGGAUGCAACAUGAUGAUUGUAAUUUAUGUAGAGCUGUGCUCCUUCUAUUCCUCUGUACGCGUGGCAAAAUUUAGACAUCACUAUGUUGCGUAGAUGGUCAUUGAUUUCCAAUGGAGAAAAAAACUAGGGCUUUGUUCAGACAGGCAGCAAAUUUCUGAUUUAUUUUUUUUACCACAUCCGACUCAGAGUCUGAACACAUCCAUAAUGUGGUUUGAAAUCCAAAAUUUUAAGAUCUGAAUAAAUCGUUUUAGCUAAUAUAUCUUCAACUGUUUGAUUCUCGCUGUGUCGGAUAGUAAACGAGUGCACGAGUCAGCAGUUUUGGACACUGUAUAUGCAUAAAUGCGUAAAUAUGACUCUUGUGAGUCCAGCACUGCCACAAGAUGCCAUGAUAGACAGUGAGCAGAGGCAAAAUUCCCAGUUUUCUGUCCUGUCUUUCCACACUGACAGCUGCUCUCGGUUGUUAUAUGAGAAAGUCUGGCAUCGUGCUGACGCAUACAUCACUACUAUGGCAAGUAGAUGCAUCGGAUAUCGACUACACAGUCUGAACAAACACACCACUUACUGUCAGUCCUAAAGAUCGGAUUUGAAAAAUUGGAUUAAUAUGCGGUGUGAACAAAGCCUUCUUUGCUUAUGCAGAGGUCUAAGAUUAAAAAAAAAUGUGAACCACCUCUGUUGGUCAUUCUAUUAUUUGUUUUUGGAGAAGACCAAAAGCUCCUAAUUCGGAUGAUUUAGAUACCAGAUGGCAUUAACGAAUGUCAUUGUCCCAAUGGGAUUUUUAUUGGCAAGAGAUAGGCAUGUGACAGACAUGGUGAUGUUUGCACACAAGAUGUUGAGCGUUUGUCUUCAUGGAGCACUGAGAGACAGGACAACGCCGAUCGCGCAGACCUGAACCCUUGUUAGCGCCGACGUAAAGAACUUCGCACCUUCACAUGCCGAUGCCACAGCUGAUGCCCCAAACAUUAAUUGUGCUGAUUCGCUUGUACUAUGUUGGCUCAUAAAUCGAUACGCUCGCGGUUGUGGGCCUGAUUCCUCCACCUUGCACUGACUCUGCAUCACUGUGCUGAUCAAUACUAGACUAGAACAACAGGACAAAAUGGCCGACGGCCCAGGAAAUAAGAUCUCAAGACUGUGAACGUCGCUCUCGGAUCGCGUAAAUCAAAGCGUAAGCUCGGUUACGGCUUCAGACCUGGACUCUGGUAGCUGGUGACGAGAGCCAGAUGAAGAAGGACAGAAGUGGGAAGAGAGAGAGAGACGCUGAGGGGGCGACUCCUUUGUUCUGAAACCUUGAGGAAGGAGGGCGUCUCGUUUAGUUGCCUGAUUGAUGCUCUGAGAGAGCCGCAGCUCGACGCCUUGAUGUUUAUUGACUUCUCCUUCAAAUGUCAGCGUGAAUCCAGAACGCCUCAGACUGCAUCUUGUGAGCGAUGAGAUGUAGAAGAGCUCUGUUUAUUUUAGACCCAACCCAACCCAUGGCGCUCCUCUCCACACGGUGUGUGAAAUACAAAUGACAUGAUAGCCGAAAAAGGCGAAAUCAUGGGUUUUGUUGACACACUGGGCGUUUUAAAGGAAUGAUUCACCCGAAAAUUGAAAUUCUGUCAUUUUCUUACCUGUAUGGUGUUGUAUCUUUGGUGAAACACAAGUGGAGAAAUGCUGAAGUGUGUAUUUGAUGCUCUUUUCCAUAAUAUUGUUGAUCUUAAAAAUAGACAUACAAGAAGGAAAGACCAAAAAUUAAGAAAAUAAGUAAAAAGUCUUGCUCUUCGGUGCAUUUAAACUCCAUGAGUCAUAUUUGAUGUCAGUGGCGUCAAUAAAGUCAUUGACAUGAGUUUGAAGUAUGAAUAUGUGGAAAUGCAAAUGAGAGCUAUGGCGAAGGGGAAGAUGAUACAAGAUCCCACCUUUUUAUGGAAUUUUGGAUUUUGUUGGCCACUCAAUGUUAUCAUUAGACCAACAUUAUGAUACAUUUAUGGUGCAUUUUUUGUCAUUUUGGAGCUUCCCAUCAACUUUAACGAUAUGGAAAAGAGCAGCAAUUACAUUCUUCAGACUAUCUUCUUUUUUGUUUUAUAAAAGAAAGUCAGUCAUACAUGUUUGGGCGCAUAAACUAUGACGGAGUUUUCAUUUUUUGGUGAAUUAUUCCCUUAAAAUGACACUUCAAGGUUGGAAAAAUCAGAUUUCCUUGAUGUGAGAUGCAUUUCAUAUGAUAUAUUGAGGAUUGUCUUCUCCAGACAUGGAAACAGCAUGUGCCAAAAGCUUAAUGUACAUUGUCACCAUUUCCUUGUGUGUUUUCUUGUGUGUAACUGCUGCGCUCUCAGUAGAAAGACUCUUUGAUGUCUCUGACGAUUACAAAUGUCACACAAGACGCUGCUAAUUAAUAUGGCAUUUGAACAAACAAAAAAAAUGAUGAAGACAUUGAUGUAUAAAUGAUAAAAUCAGAAAUGCUCAUGCCCUGAAGGCGGAUGAAGGGGAAACAACACUGUUGAUCCGUAAUUGAUAUUUAUUAUUUCUGUCUAGUAACUUCUUGUGUUAUUGAUAUUAAGGUGAUGCAGUAAAAUGAAUGGUGACUGCGCAGUGCUUCAAAAGGCAAUCCAGUGGCAAGCACUACAUUUUACUGUAUACAGUGAUCAUUUUAUCCUGGUCAUUGAAAUGAAAUACACUUUGAUCACUGAAGAACCUGCAAUUCUUGUUCGUAUCACUGCAGCGAUUGUAAAAACAUGCGUAAACCCUCGUGGGUGGCUUAUUGCAGAUUUCUGUGUCUGGUCGCAGAUGGUAUCUCUUAUCACUACUGAAGUGCAUUUGGUCUUCUCCAGACUCUGUUUGGACAUUAUUGAAAAGUGGUCGUGUGUUUUCCUAUUUAGCGAGAGGAGAUACUAUACCAAGGACUUCUUAUUAUAACCAGUCCAAAAUAUCGCGAAAUUGGAUGUUUUCCGGUUUAAAGCAUAAUUUUGUGAUAUAGUUUAGAUCAGUAGUUUGCAGAAACUAACUAACAGAGUUAAUCGUCCAAACGAGUGAGAUGAUUCUGUUGUAUUAUAUCUGCAUGUGGUCUGUGAUUGUUAGCUAGCUAACUUGUUUUAUUUUUCUUUGUUUUUCAAAAAAAAAGCAAGAAAGUAACAAAAAAGAGCAGAAGCCGCUUCUUUGUAUUUUUUUGUUUGUUUGUUCAGUUUGUCCUAAUUUUCUUUAUUAAUGUCCUUAAAUGUCAAAUUGUGUUCUAUGAAUGUGUUUUAAUUUAUUUGUAGUUUGCCAAAAUGAAGAUUUUGAAGCAUGUUGCAGGCAUUGUCACUGAUGAUAAAAAAAGAAAGAAAAAUAAAUGAAAAAAUAUAAUAUAUGUACCUGAAUUGAAAGGAGUCUGGUAUAUGUAGUGAUCUCAGGCUUUCACGGGGUGAAAGGUAAAACUACAAGACAAUGUGUUUUCUGCACUGCAUAAACAUCAUGCCAGGAUGUGGUCAGAGCAAAACCAAACAGGAAUGUGCAAUAAAGGCUGUAGGCUGAUUCCACCCUGGAACAACUUUGUGUUUGUCUUCCUUGCUCUCUAGGCUCUCUGCAGUCACUGAGGUUUGUAACAUGCGGUUUUGUUCCGCCCUGUGGGUUGGAGGAUAUCAAAUCACCCAUGACGGUGAAUGAUAACACCAGCUUCUCACCAGAACCCCAUCAAUGCAGUGCGCACUGGUCCACAUUUCCCCUCAUUAAGACCAUAUGCACAUUUCCAGAAUUUCUCACUUGUUGUCAGUAAUUAUGAUACAGUAUAACAACUGUGUUCAUUUAUAUGUUUCAAUUAAAAGUCCCUAACAUAACUCAUUGCUAUGCAGCAAAAAUAAUGAGCUGCAAUGGGUCCUGCUCAGUAAU